AUGGAAGCCGAAAAUAACAGCGCGCCGACCAGACAGACCCAAAAUAACCCAACAGCCAUGCAAUCGAUGUCCGGUGAUGCUCACAUUAAGGGUAAACAUGAGCCGGCACAACCGAUGCGGAUUUUGGGUCCAAAACAUUGCAAUUGCGAGAAGGGAGAGGACGAUGAUCAAGACCAAAGCUCUGCUAUGGGCAUGAUUUACGAUUCGAAUCCAGCAAUGGCUGCCUGUGCUGUUUGUUCAAGACCGUUGACACUUUCGCCAGGCACUAGCUCACACUCGCCUUCACGAGGAAGGACCCCCCAAAGGUCUCCAUCAUCGCCAGAACGCUUCGCCCAACGGUCUCCUUUUCAGGCCAACUCACCUGGAUCCUUGAUUUUCGAACGCAAUGUGCAAGAAGAUAUUUUGUUACCUCAAUCGUCGUCAAUUCCUUCACACAUCCGGACAGAGAAUCAUAUUCCUCCGGUCUUGGAGGCAUCUUCCGAAGCAAUUACCGACAACAAACUCGACCCAGACUCCGUUGAAAUUGUUACCCAGAAUAUAUAUCUCCCCACUGCGAAUAGUGUUCCCGCAGAGCAGUCGUUACGAUCGCCAUCACCUGAUCCAACCGCGACAGAUACCGGUGAUACCGAAGAGCUUCAGUCAACCAGACACAGUCUGGACGCAAACGACAUUCGGCGUCUAAGUUUCAUCUCAUUUGCUGAUGUUGUAAAUGCUGAAAGUGCGGAAACAGGGGAGUGCCCUCCUGGCAGCGACUCUUUUCAAAGGGGCGCAGGUAGUCCAAAUCCAUCGGCUACAGUAUUUCCCAACAUGUCUCCAUCACCGUUAUACUCUCCGGUGUCUUCCCAUGGAUUUGGAACUUCUCCACCGACGAGCAUUUCAGCAUCAUUCAAGGGCCUAGAGCUCUCUCCGAACAGGGUUGCGCAGGAUACUGAGAGCCCACAUCUUGCUAUUCAGAGACCACUAUCCCCUAGUUUCAGUGGUGACUUGAACAUUGAAACUAUGAGUCAGGCGUUGAGGCGAUCGGGCAGCGGAGAUUUAGGUGCCUUCCUGACAUCGGGGAACGAUGGCUGA